GCAAUUAAUUUAUAAAUAAAUCCAAUUUGCUAAGAAUAGCCCCAAAAAGAAAUACUUUCAAAUCUGAGCUCAAGUCAGUAGGCAUCUUCGCAGCUGUUUCAGCUACAUGUCUCUGACGGCAGUCUAUCUCAGAUUCUGAUACUAUAACCCAUCAUUUUGUCUAGCCCAACUAAUUUCACAGAGUAGCAGAUCUCCUGAGAAAUGGCUGGACCUACUCACCAAAGAAAACCAACCAAGGAAACUCACCAAAACCAAAAGAAGCGGCCUCAGAAGAAUGACAAACCACCCUCUUGGGCAGUUGUGAAAGGCCUUUUCUUUGGUAAACAUCCCCAACCACAACAAGAGCAACAGCAGCACCUGCAGCAGCAACAAAAACAACAUCAACAGCAACAAAAGCAAGAGCAGCAGCAACAGAAGCAACAGCAGAAGAAGAAGCAAAAGGAGAAACAACCAGAACAAGUGAUGGAAGAAACUGGCAAGAAAUGCAAGAAAAUGAGGUGUUCAGGUUCAUUAUGUAGCAACACUAAGGUCAUGCACAGGCCUGAAAUAGCUUCCCCUGAAGUCCACAAGAAAAGGGCAUCACUUGGUUCAAGUAACAAUGAUGCCUCUAGCAGAUCCAUGAAAGCCCCUCUGCAUGAGCUCAAUGGAGUCGUUUCUUCUACUAAUUCUUCACUUUCUGUAUCUUCAGCAUCAGCCUCCUCCGCUGGUGGGUCUUUUAGAGGAAUGCCAUUUAGGAGAUUCUCUGGCUGUUACGAGUGCAGAAUGGUGGUUGAUCCUGUUCUUGGAAUAGCCAGAGAUCCUUCCUUGAGGGGUAGCAUUUGUUCCUGUCCUGAAUGUGGUGAGAUAUUCAUGAAAGCUGAAAAUUUAGAGCUUCAUCAAGCUAUUAGGCACGCAGUAUCUGAACUGGGUCCUGAGGACACGAGCAAGAACAUAGUGGAAAUCAUAUUCCAGUCAAGCUGGCUAAAAAAGCAAACACCCAUCUGCCAAAUCGAUCGCAUCCUUAAAGUCCACAACACCUCCAAAACCAUCUCCAAAUUCGAAGAAUACCGUGAUUCCAUCAAAUCCAAAGCCACCAAGCUCCCUAAGAAGCACCCACGUUGCAUAGCAGAUGGCAAUGAACUCCUCAGGUUUCACUGCACCACUUUUGCAUGUUCACUCGGCCUCAACGGGUCCUCCAACUUGUGCACCUCAAUCCCAAACUGCAAUGUCUGUAGCAUUAUAAAGAAUGGUUUCAAGGUUGCUCAAGAACUCAGCGGAGGUUCCAAUGGGAAGGGAAUCCUGACAACGGCAACCAGUGGCAAAGCUCAUGACAUGGCAGCUGGAGUAGAAGAAAUUGGGAAUGACAAGAGGGCAAUGCUUGUUUGUAGGGUGAUUGCUGGGAGAGUUAAGAAGAGCAUGGAAGGUUGCAUGGAGGACUGCGACUCAGUGGCUGGUGCUGUUGGGGUCUACUCCAAUUUGGAUGAGUUGUAUGUGUUUAAUCCCAAGGCCAUCUUGCCUUGUUUUGUUGUUAUCUAUAGAGGGUUUUAGUGGGGUUUUCAGUAUUAACUUUCUGAUCUAAGGGAAGGUUUUUCUUGUUUUCGGAUAAUCGAUUUGCGUGGCAAAAUUAAAUCUUUGAUUUGCUAAAACUGCUACUAUCAUGUGGAGAUUUUUUGGGGGAAUGGUUUAGAUCCACGUGAGGUAGAAGAUCACUGUCAUGGGUUGGGGGGAAUUGUGGGCUUGCCCUGUGGCUGUGGGUCGACAAUCAGCAAUAAAUUUGUGGGGGAAACUUCGGAGGGAGGAGGAGGGGGUGUUAGAUUUUGAACGGCGACAUGAUUUCUCAACCCAAUACAUGGCAUUAAUUGUACAUUGGGAGAACAGUAGCGCAUUGGAUGAAUGAAUGCUGAACCUUGUAAAUGGUUUAUGUCUC